UGUGGGGAUGGAGUUGAGCAGAAGAGAGGUGCCUCUGUAUGGGCAGGCCAAGGUGUUUGCGUUGCUGCAGGCCCCAGACCCCUUGCCAAAGGAGGCAGAGAUCUUCAUCGUUCUAGAAGGUUCUACGCUUGCCCAUGUCAUCAGAGCCCAGAACGAUGUCAUGCUCUGCUUCAUUGUGCCUGGUCAUAACCUGGCUGAGACUGUCUCAGUCUGUGCUUACCUCUACUCUGAGACUGAGACCACACCUUUUACCUGUGUGGGAGGGUCCAGGCUCAAGUACGUCCAGGACGACGCCCAGGAUCUGGCUGAGCACCUAGUAACCCACGGUCACUGCCUGAGCUCCAGCGACCACAGGGAGCUGAGCAGCCGCUUCUGCCUGAGCGAGGAGAGCUCUCGCUGUGCAAUGGACCGCCAUGUGGCCCUGGCCAUGGCCAACUUGGAUAUCCCCCACAGCUGGAAUGUACUGGCUAGUCCAUCUGGAGAGGAGUUGCGUCCCAGAGAAUCCCCUCUUCACUUGGCUGUACGCUGGGGUCUGUGUUGUCUGGCUGAGCUGCUGCUGUGCCAGCCGGGAGGACUGAUGGCAGUGACUCUGCCCAACGAGGAGGGGGUCACCCCCCUGCAGCUAGCACACAACAGAGGGCACACACAGCUACUGGAGCUACUCACACACCCCCCCAACCCCCUGGCCACGCCGCCGGCCGGUCUGUCCCAGGUGUGGGCUGUCCACUCUCAUCUGCUGAGGUUCUGUCACGACUCAGAGAACCUGACCCUGACUGUCCGACAGAACCCACAGUGGAACCACCAGCAGAACCGACAGGCUGAUAUUCUCCUCCUGAGAGACAGACUGAGAGAUGACAACUUCCUACGACAGGUCAAUCAAGGCCCUGAGAAGAGAGCAGUCAGAGACCACACUGGAGAAAGAAGAACUAGUGGAUGA